UAUCACGAGCACCAUUAUGGUGGACCCCACGGUUUGCAUCCGACGCGAAGGGUGGUGGCGCUAAAAAGACCGGCGGUCACCGGCGGGGCUGGGUGGAAGUGGUGCUGAUGAUGGACGGUCGGAGGUGAUAUGCACCAGUCCAGCGCACUUCGACCUGCUAUUAUUGUUAUUUAGGCAACGAGAUGAGGGCGGUUCGUCGGCGGGCAUAAGAAAAUCCAUGGGGGCCCCGCGUUGUAGACCUUUGGACAGAGGGAGAGAGAGAGAUGCCCCUAGACGCGCAGCUCUCAGCCUGUAAAAAAAAGUUGAUUGUUUCAUCGUUCCGAGCUCUCUCUCUCUCUCUCUCUCACAGGGAGCUAGGUAGAGCUCUGAAUCUAACCCUUGCAGGCCCUCGGUGCGUUAGAUUCCCAGAGUCCACUUCCAUUUUCCACCUGCCAAGGUCCUGACAACAAUUUCCGUAAUUCACAACUACGUACCGCCAAGAAGAAGGAGAAGGAGAAGAAGAAGAAGAAGAAGAAGAGCGAGAGAGAGGGGGAGGGGGGGUUGACCGCGAGGAGGAGAGAAAUGCACCAGGAACGAGAUGCAUGAGGUUGUCUUGUUCCUGGCGGCCUCCCUUCCUUGAACCGGGCCUUCUCCUUUUUUGUCCAGGAAUUUUGAUGCACCCACCGUGCCGAGGAAGAUCUCGGAUACAGGGUGGCGAAGCAGGCUGCUGGUGCUGGAGAGAGGCGGAUAUGGGGCAUCCCUCCGGAGCUCUGCCUGGGCUUUAAUGGCGGGGGCGGAGGUGGAGAGGGGGAAGGAGGCGGAGGUGGAUGGCUCCGGCCGAUGGGGUACGGCUUUCCCGAGUUGGGCAUCCGCGGGUUCCACCCUCUGACAGAUGCAGGCGGUGCUGGCGCAGGCGUAGUUGGCGGAGCCGUGCCUCUUUACGAUCAGCAUAAUCAGCUCCACUUCCGAGACGUCCUCGUCGUCGGCUCGGCGACAUUCCACCACGCCAGCGCAGACUCUGUUGCUUCCUUGCAACCGCACGUUCCCGCGCUCCCUCUCCGCGACGACGAACAGCGCCGGUCCGUCAGUGGCGCUGGUGGAUGGGAGAUCAGGAAGCCGGAGGUGGGGUCGGAGGAGAUUGCUGCAGCGGAGGGUGGGCGGGCCAGGCAGGAAACCCUCGGCCGCGUGGGCGGCUGCACGUGCCAGGAUUGCGGGAACCAGGCGAAGAAGGAUUGCGCGUACAGGCGGUGCCGUACGUGCUGCAAGGCCCGGGGUUUCGACUGCGAGACGCACAUCAAGAGCACCUGGGUUCCCGCGUCCAAGCGCAAGGAGAGGCACUUGGUUGAAGCCGCCCUUGGUGCCGCAGCAGCUGCCGUUGGCUCCCCCAUCGCCGGUGAAGAGCAGCUGCAGGGGGUGGGGAAGGGUUCGAAGCGUGCCCGUGCGGGCACGCUGGCUCUAUCGCACAGUUCCGCCUCCGCCAAUAGCUCCGAUAUCAGUUCCGCUCAACAAGGCUUGGAUUUAAGCUUUAGAUCGGGUUUGCCUGGGCACGUUCGGGCUCAAGCAGUGUUCAAGUGUGUUCGAGUUACUCCCAUGGAUGAUGGGGAGGACGAGUUCGCAUAUCAGGCGGUUGUGAAGAUCGGUGGGCAUGUCUUCAAGGGUGUUCUAUACGACCAGGGUAGGGAAACGAGCGAACUGCAGCCCGAGUUUUCGGAGCUACAACUCAGUGGCCGGAGUGGGAAUGUAAAUUCUGCAUCAUUGGUUCUGGAACAUGUUAAUGCCUAUGAUGGCGCUUCAGGUAGUGGUUUCAUCGGUGGAGGUAAUAGCUAUGCUGCCGGAAAUGAGGUAAGCUAAUAAGUUUGUCAUCUGAUGUACCAGAUGUAAAGGUGAGAGGUGGCAAUUGUAACUUACAUAUUGAUUCGGAAUUUUUAGUGGUCUACAUCUUUCAUAUAUAACUUUUAUUCCUUCUUCUGGGUUCAUGUGUGUGGAUCACAAUUUGUAGUGGACGAAAUGUGAAUCCUGAUGGUCAUGCCUUGUAGUGCUUCUUGUAAUUGGUCUGGUUCGCUGUAAGAUAUUCCCAACUUGGAAAUCUUAUUCUAUUGGGGCUGGUAAAAACCAGCUUAGUAUUCA